GUUUUCUUGUGAAAUUCCAAGGAAUGUUUUUAUGAUUCCACUAAAAGUUGGGUAUCCUUUUGUCCGGAACUUUUUGCUGUUUUAGCUUACACGUCACUCCUUGAUUGUCCACUGUUUUGCAUAAUCUAUGGCCUCGCUUUAUUCCACAAUGGUAGUAGUAUGCAGUAAGCGAGAGGAGUUCUGCUUGGAGCAAGCGAGCAUGAUGCAAUCCCUACCCAGAACGGCGGCCGCGGUGGCGGUGUAUGCGCUGGUCGCCCUUAUCGCCGCCGGCGCCGUCGCGGCAGGAGGCGGCGAGCAGCCGCUGUCGAGAAUCGCCAUCCACCGCGCCAUCGUCGAGCCCCAGCCGGGCGCCUUCGUCGACGCGUCGCCGGCUCUUCUCGGCCUGGAGGGGAAGGACAGAGAAUGGGUGACCGUCACAUACAGCAACCCAAAACCUUCGAAGGAUGACUGGAUUGGAGUCUUCUCUCCUGCUAAUUUCAAUGAUUCCAUUUGUCCAUCAGAGAACCAAUGGGUGGAGGCCCCUCUUUUAUGCACAGCUCCUAUUAAGUUCCAAUUUGCAAACUACACAAGUCGUAACUACGAACACACUGGAAAGGGAUCCUUGAGGCUGCAGCUGAUAAAUCAGAGAGAGGAUUUCUCAUUUGCAUUGUUCUCUGGAGGCCUCUUGAAUCCAAAGCUCAUUGCGCACUCAAAGAGUGUUACUUUCAUCAACCCAAAGGCUCCUGUGUACCCACGCCUAGCACAAGGAAAAUCCUGGAAUGAAAUGACAGUGACAUGGACAAGUGGCUAUUCUACCAAUGAGGCUACACCAUUUGUCAGAUGGGGCGCACAAGGACAAAUCCAAAUCCUUUCUCCUGCAGGCACCCUUACUUUUAGUCGCAACACCAUGUGUGGUUCUCCAGCAAGGACAGUUGGUUGGCGUGAUCCUGGUUUCAUACACACAAGUUUUCUCAGGGACUUAUGGCCUAAUUUCAUGUAUACAUACCAAAUUGGGCAUCGGCUAUUUAAUGGUGCUAUUGUUUGGGGACAUCAGUAUAGCUUCAAAGCACCUCCUUAUCCUGGGGAAGACUCUUUGCAACGUGUUGUGAUUUUUGGGGAUAUGGGAAAGGCCGAGGUUGAUGGUUCAAAUGAGUUCAAUGACUUUGAGCCUGGUUCACUUAACACAACGAACCAGCUAAUAAAAGACUUGAAGAAUAUUGACAUGGUUUUCCAUAUUGGGGACAUCACAUAUGCCAAUGGCUAUCUGUCACAGUGGGAUCAAUUUACUGCACAGGUUGAACCCAUUGCUUCUACUGUGCCUUACAUGGUUGGGAGCGGUAACCAUGAAAGAGAUUGGCCUGGAUCAGGGUCAUUCUAUGGGAACCUGGACUCCGGUGGCGAAUGUGGAGUACCAGCUCAAAAUAUGUUCUAUGUGCCAGCAGAAAACCGUGAGCAGUUCUGGUACUCUAUGGAUUACGGGAUGUUCCGUUUCUGCAUAGCCAACACCGAGUUGGACUGGAGGCCAGGCACAGAGCAGUACAAGUUCAUCAAGCACUGCCUGUCGUCUGUUGAUCGGCAGAAACAGCCAUGGCUCAUCUUCCUCGCGCACCGCGUCCUCGGCUACUCGUCCGCCACCUUCUACGCGGACGAAGGAACAACCGAGGAGCCCAUGGGACGGGAGAGUCUCCAAUCACUCUGGCAGAAGUACAAGGUCGACAUUGCCAUGUACGGCCACGUCCACGGCUACGAACGAACCUGCCCAGUGUAUGAGAACGUGUGCGUGGCCAAGGGGUCGGACCACUACACCGGCGCCUUCACGGCGACGACGCACGUCGUGGUCGGGGGCGGCGGCGCUAGCCUCGCCGACUACACGGCCGCCCGGGCGCGGUGGAGCCACGCGCGGGACCGCGACUUCGGCUUCGCGAAGCUGACGGCGUUCAACCACACGACGCUGCUGUUCGAGUACAAGAAGAGCCGGGACGGCAGCGUGCACGACCGCUUCACCGUCUCCCGCGACUACCGCGACGUCCUGGCCUGCGGCGUCGACAACUGCCCCAGCACCACCUUGGCGUCUUAGAGUUCAUUCAUGUUGAUUUUUUCUUAGAAGGAAAGGCAAACGCGCCCUGCCCCAUUCCAUUAGAAUGAAGCAACACGUGUUUUUAGACUUUACAGAUCAAGGUCUCUCCGACCUGGGUUGGGCAUUAUUUUUUGGAAGACAGUCUUGCUGGCAUCAAACACGGCAGUUCAGGACAGCGAAGCAAAGAAAGACAAAAACAGCGCCACCAAGAUUUAUGAGAUUAUUAGUUCGGAUUCUGUUUUUCUUCUUC